AUGAAAUCUCUGCGAAAGUCCCUCAACGGGACGAAAGAAUCGCUGCGUUCCCAAAUAUCGACUCCUUUGCCUUCUGUUUCCAAGCCCCCUUCAUCUAUCUUGCCCCCUCAGAAAGUAAUCCGUGCGCUCUCCGACUACAGACCCCAGGCGCCCCAAGAGCUCCCGUUCCAGAAAGGCGAUUUCUUCUACGUGCUUGGGAAUGUAGACAACUCAGGCGUAUGGUACGAGGCGCACAACCCCGUCUCCGGAGCUCGCGGGCUGGUCCCGCGAUCCAUGUUCGAAGAAUUCAAUAAAAACAAUGCUGUCUCUCGAGUCUCGCAAUCAGGACCCCCUUCAAGCCGUCCUCUGCAGCCUAUACAGCCCGAUCGACCGCCACCAGGUCCCAAACCCAAGACGAACGUCUUCUACGCCGUUGUACUGCAUGAUUUCGAAGCGGAGCGCACGGACGAGUUGGAUGCGAAGACGGGGGAUCCGAUUUCUGUGGUAGCUCAGUCGAACCGCGAGUGGUUCGUUGCGAAACCCAUAGGAAAGAUUGGACGGCCUGGUCUGAUCCCUGUGUCGUUCGUGGAAGUUCGAGAUCCUGUAACCGGGAACGCUAUCACGGAUGUGAAUGCGUUGAUGGAUCGGGGGGACGUGCCGAAGGUGGAGGACUGGAAGCGGGCGAUGACGACGUACAAGCAGAACAGCAUCGCUCUCGGUGUGAUCGACGCUCCCAAUCGCGACUCUGUCCCAUAUUCGCCUAACGGUCCUUAUUCAUCGAUGGAUCCCACAAUAAAUGUCCAAGCGGCAACACCUUCGCCGAAUAGAACACACGGACCUAACUCAGAUCAAACACAACGACUCUCAUCAAUCGACACUUUUCCAGAGGGCAUCCUGCUUUCCGCCAACGUGAUUUCAUUCCACUACGAAAUGGAUGAAUUUUGGUUCAGAAUAGAUGCCGUUUUCCAACCAUAUGGCCCUCCCGGCACGCGCACCCUCCCCCCUGCGAAACAACUCGUCCUUUUCCGAGUGUACAAUGAUUUCUACGAUUUUCAAGUGUCCCUGCUGAAUACCUUCCCACGUGAAGCAGGCAGAGAACCACCGCAUCCCCGGAUUUUGCCAUACAUGCCCGGUCCAGCAGACGAGAUAGACCAGGAGGUGACUGCGACGAGACAGGUCGAGCUGAACGAGUAUCUCUGCAAGCUGUGCGAACUUAGCUCCGUGGGGGCAAGGUAUAUUCUGGAAGACAGCGUGAUCCGGGAAUUCCUACUGCUCAAACCAGGUGAUGUUGAGAGUGAUACGGCGGCACGCACGGAGGAGGUGGAGGCACUGUUCGCGCAGAAUUACGACGAGGCCACUCUGGAUAGACAACAGGUUGCGGAUGUCCAGAACGGUCUGGGACGCUUGAAAGUGGGCGAUAGGGAUGGAGGUAACAAGAGCGAUGGUUCGGAGUACGAGGAUGAGGGUUACGCAGCAUCACCCCAAAGGGCGAAUCAAGACGGUGCCUAUGGUAAUGAACAAUGGAACGAGCGUCGACCGUCCUUCGCAGACAGCACACAUUCACUGCGACACCAAGCCCACGCACACAAUCACCAGCGGAACGAGUCUCCGUCACCUUACGGGCAUGCUUCAUCUCGAUCCAACUCUCCCCUCCCCAACAACACCAACUCCUCGUAUCCUUAUUCCCAAUCAGCCUCGACUUCGUCUCUCCGUUCUUCACAGGCAUCGUCUUUCACUGGGCGAUCGCGGUCACAUUCUACAGCUACCUCGAACCUCACCAACCCCACUAUAUCCGUCGCGAACCCGCAGACGGCUUUUGUGAAGAUCAAGGUCUUCGACGGUCUCUCUCAGGAACUCGUCGCCAUUCGCGUGCAUCCGAAAGUCACGCACGCCGAGCUACUCGAGAAAGUGCAGGCAAGGCUCGGCGGCGAGGUGUCUAUGCUGAAAUACCGGGACAGCCUCAGCAACCAGCUCUGCCACGUCGACUCGGACGACGAGCUGCGCGCCUGGAUGGACGGGACAGAUAGAUACAUGCUGUAUGCCGAUUAG